AUGUCUAUUUCAACAUUCUUUCAAACACUAUGCCACUUUUAUUUUAAUUAUCAUUAUAAUAAUUCAUCUUCAAAAUUAACUCCAUCAGCAUUUUCUCGACGUAUUCAAUUUGCUAUACGAAUGACUAUUUCAUUCCUUAUUGGUGGAUUUCUUGCCUACGCAACUCCAUUAAAUAAUCAAUUAACAACACAAUAUUUAAUUCCUGUUAUAUGUAUUAUAACCAUACAAGAAACAUUUGGAAUGACAUUAUCUGCUGGUUAUCAAAUGUUAACAGCUAUUACACCUCUUUCAAUUUUUCUCUUCAUAGUUCAAAAGAUUGGUCUUGGAUAUAAAGAUUAUCUCGCAGCUGAACUUACACUACUUAUUUCAUCACUUUUAGUUGCCUAUAAAUGUUCACAAGUUCAAACUAGAAAAGUUGCUUUAUUAAUAAAUGCUAUAUUUUUUUCAACUAUUGUAAAUGAAGCUAAGAUUCCAUCAACAUUUAUUUUUACUUUACUUGAAGAAUUUGUCAUUGCAGUAUUUGUUGGUUUAAUUGUAUCUAUUGUUAUCUUUCCAUUUUUUGCAACUUUUGAUGUUGAAAAUCGUGUUAAUUAUUGUCUAACAAAUUUACAACGAAUGGAAACUAUUGUAAUACAAGCAUUUUUAUGUAAAGAUCAAAUGAAUGCACAAGUAUCACUUACUCGAGCAUCAACUAUCGAACAAAUGGUACGCACAACGAUGAAUUCAAUGCAUUCAAGACUGAAUGAAGCUCAUAUGGAACCGUCACGAUGUUUACAACGGAUUUUUAAUCGAAGACGAAGACAUCUUAUUGAUCUAACAUUACAAGAACAAGAAUAUUUUAUUAGGGCAUUAAUGUUUCAUGUAUGUUCACUUCAAAUAAUGGUUAAACAAUGUCAAUUCAAUGAAUAUCAUAGGCAUUUUACAGAAGAACUUCAAGAAAGUCUUCUUCAUCUUAGUUUAUGUCAAUCAACAGUUGUUUCAAGUUUAAUGUCAUCUCCAAUAAUUAAUAGAGAUGAAUUUAAUGGUCGUCUAACUGCACUACAACAAGCACUUGAUUCACUUCGUACAGCUUUUAUCGAAGCACGUCUUCAUCAUGUUGAACAUGUAUUAGAAUCUGCAAAAACAAUUCGAUCCGAAGAUCAUCUGUCACAUACUUUUUUUCUUUUUCAACUUGAUGCUAUAGUAAGACUUUUGAUACAAGUAACAACGAUCGAUCAGAAUAAAAGUUUUUUUCAAGAGAUCAAAGAUGCAUUUAAAAAAAGGCAUAAAAAGAAGAGAAGAACUGUAAUGCAAGUAUUAAAACCACAAUGGCCACGCUUUGUAUCAGCUUUUAAAAGUAUGGUAAUUAUUGGAGUAGGUUCAAUCUUUGUGAUGGUACCUCGUUUGGCAACAGCAUUUGAGAAUGGACAAUGGAUUUUAAUUGCUCUUUGUAUGACACAAGGUGAUACAGUAGGUGGAGCAUUCACAACAAUGAAAAUGAGGCUAGUUGGAACUCUAUUUGGUGCUAUGUGGGCAUAUGUAACCUAUUUAUCAGUUAAUGAUCAUGUUUAUCGAACAUUGGGAAUGUUAACUCCAUGGAUUCUUAUUUUUGGUUAUUUAAAACUGUUACCUAACUGGAGUUAUGCAGCUACGGUAGCUGCUUUUACUCCAGUUUUGGUUAAUCUUGGUCGAAUACCAUAUGGAGAUGCAGUACCAGGAGGUAAUUAUGCUCUUCUUCGUAUUGAAGAGAAUCUUGUUGGUAUUGCUAUUGCCAUUGUACUUACCAUCGCCAUUUUUCCAGUUUUUGCCAUUGAUGUACUAAAAAAUAAUAUUCAAAGCACUCUUCAAGUUUGUCGUGAAAUUAUUGAUGCUCAACGAAGUCGUUUUCAGCAAUUAAUUAGUAGUCAACGAAUUCUUGUUGGACAUGCUGCUCUUGAACCAACCAUGUGGUGGUUUCAUAAUAAUUUUUCUUCAAUUCGUUAUGAUACACUUGUUGAACAACAAGUUAAUAUGUUUCGAAUGUUAUAUAAUAUUGAUGCAAUAUUAAUGCGUAUCAAUGAAUGUAUAGAUAAUGAUAAAGAUCACAUUCAAAAUCUUCAUAUGCAUACAUCUGGUAGUCUUUUUCUUCCUGAUCUUCAUAUUGAACUUGUUAAUUUAAGUCGACAAUUAAGUGAUUGUCUUAGUUUAUGGUCAUCAUAUUUUGCUCUUACACAAACACGUUCUUAUCGAAUAUUUCGUGAUUGUGCUUAUUCUCGUACAAAAUUAAAUGAGAGUGAUCUUUCAAAACAUGAACAACAUCUCAUUGAACUUCAUCAUACGAUUGAUCGUCUUCAAAAUCAACAUCAAAAUUCAAUAAAUAGAAUAUUAAAACAUUAUCUCGAUCAAUUAACUCAAGGUGAAUUACCGUCUAAAUUUAUACCUUAUGUUAAAAAUGAUAAAGCAGAUUUAAUCAUUAUUGGUAUAUCAGCUAUGUAUUAUUCGACAACUCAACUUGCUCAAAUUGCAUUAGCAUUAGGUACAAAUAUUCAUACUAUCUUUGAACUUGAAACAACAUAUCUUUAUCGACCUUUCUAA